UGAUUUUGUGGUUUGGUGUUCAUAAGGUGCGAUGAUGGUUACUACGCAGACAGCAGAAGCUCAGAUCUUUCUUCCUUGCGUGACAACGAAAGAUUGUGAAUACCUUCACUGCUCAAGCGGGACAGCUCUAUGUGUAAACAGACAAUGCCAAUGUAGCCGUUCAUCGAUUCAUCAAACCAAACUCGACAACUUAAAGACGAUGGACUCUGCUAAGAAGUGCAAGUGGACACAGGAUUGUGAUCCUCGUAUGAGAUUUACAUGCGUCUCCGGUUCUUAUAUGUGUUUUGAUGGCCUAUGUACUUGUACGAAUUAAUGGCAAGAAUAUUAAACAUCCCAAAAUGAUGCAUAUUAUAAGAUUUUAAAUUCUUAGUA